GACCACGGCGAUGGCAACCAACCGAAGCCAAAGUUGCCCGUACGUCUCGAGUCGCUGAGGGGCCCGGCGGGCGGGCUGGCUGCGCGCGGCGCUCAUGGCGCUCCACGAGCUCUUCUCCCACCCGGUCGAGCGCGGCUACCGCGCGGGGCUCUGCUCCAAAGCCGCGCUCUUCCUGCUGCUGGCCGCCGCGCUCACCUACAUCCCGCCGCUGCUGGUGGCCUUCCGGAGCCACGGCUUUUGGCUGAAGCGGAGCAGCUACGAGGAGCAGCCGACCGUGCGCUUCCAGCACCAGGCGCUGCUCGUGGCCCUGCUGGGACCCGAGCGCGGCGGGGUCCUCGCCUGGAGCACGUUUCCCGCCUUCAACCGGCUGCAGGGGGAUCGCCUGCGCGUCCCGCUCGUGUCGACGAGAGAAGAAGACAGGAACCAGGAUGGGAAAAUGGACAGGCUGCACUUUAAACUGGAGCUUCCCCUGCAGUCUACGGAGCAUGUUCUUGGUGUGCAGCUCAUCCUGACGUUCUCCUACCAACUGCACAGGAUGUCGACAUUUGUGAUGCAGAGCAUGGCGUUUCUCCAGUCCUCCUUUGCCGUUCCCGGGUCCCAGUUACACGUGAAUGGAGACCUGAGGCUGCAGCAGAGGCAGCCGCUAAGCUAUGGUGGCCUAGAUGUGCGAUACAACGUGUCUGUGAUCAACGGGACCAGCCCUUUUGCCCGUGACUAUGACCUCACUCACAUUGUUGCUGCCUACCAGGAAAGGAAUGUCACCACCGUCCUGGAUGACCCCAACCCCAUCUGGCUGGUGGGCAGGGCCGCUGAAGCCCCCUUUGUGAUUAAUGCUGUCAUCCGAUACCCUGUGGAAGUCAUUUCUUAUCAACCAGGAUUCUGGGAGAUGAUCAAGUUCGCCUGGGUCCAGUAUGUCAGUAUCCUGCUCAUCUUCCUCUGGGUGUUUGAAAGAAUCAAGAUAUUCGUGUUUCAGAAUCAGGUGGUGACCACAAUCCCUGCAAACGCAAUGCCCCGUGGAGAAGUGUAUAAGGAGCACUUAUCCUAAGAAGACCAUUUCUGAAGACUCAGCAGGAACAAGGCUACCUCACUGUUGUCUUCUGAGAACUGCCACCAUACGACAUUUCUGCAGGAGCCCAGCGGACACCUGUGGGCUUAAGUGUUUUUCCCCUCAGACACAAAAACAAUUAUUUCCAAUUUUGCUCUACAAAACUUCCAUGUGUUCUAAGCACCUACAAAGCCAUCAGGGAGUAAUUUAUAGAAAGGCCUGAGGGGUCCUCAGAGCCAUAAUUUGCCUUUGGGUUUUGUUUUUUUUUGUUUUCCUGCCUUGGCCUUGAAUUUCAGGAGAAAAUUAUGGUUAGUUCAGACAUGUUGGAAAGAGUCCCAUCUCUGAUCAAGCAAAGACUUUUCCUCUCUUGAAUGGAGAAACACACGGUAUGUUUCUUCACCCUGUUGUGAACCACUUUUUACUCUUUUCAGGGCUCUUGUGACAAAUAUGUAAAUCACUAGCGCUUUCCACUCCUGGGAUUCUCUGUUUCCCACUCAGAGCUUUGCUUUCCACAACUGAGGUCUUUAACUGGAGCUGUGGAGGGACUGGGCACAAGUAUUAGGGCCACUCAAGCUUGCUUAUGCGGGUGAGUGACUGAAGGGCCCUGGGACCAUCCACCUGCCCUCGCUCUAACAGUCAUCUGUCAUCAGCUGGGCUGAACAGCCCUCUAUCCCUGCCCUACUGUGGCUGUCGUUGCCCUGCCUUUUGCCCUGUGUCUGUGCCCCUGGAAUGGCAGGCUGAAGUCGCAAGUGCUGUUUCACUAGGAACCCCCUUCAGCAGCGAUGGGGGAAGUAGGACUGUAACAACAGGUUCUCUCUGGCCCUCACCCAGCAGCCUGGACACUUGCCACUGCUCCUCCUUGACCGCCUCCCCCUAACUGAAAAGGACAGGGUGACAGAGGAGUUGUUGGUAUUGGCUCCCACUGCCUGACAACCACAAGUUUAUCUGCAGGGCUAGUGGGAAGCCCAGAGACUUGCAUUUCCCUUGUCUAAGGAUCAGGUUGCCCAUCAGAGUGGACAGCUUUGGGAGAGAGACAAGAAGCAGUGAGGGAGUAAAGAGGAUGCUACCCUGGGCAGUCCCGUCCAGCCCAGCCGUUAGGAGAAUGACAAGCAGUCCAGCCAGAUUACCCUCGUGGCCACGCAAGUGUCUGCAGGAGCUGGCACUCAGAGACGGAGUGUUCAGCCCCAUUCACAAACACAUCCCUUAGUGUGUGCCUCAGUUUACCUGGCAGAUCAAUUGUUAUUUCUAAAGCAUCUUUCUUUCAGGCUGACCAAAAUAAAAGUUUUGGAAACAAAGCUAUUUUAAAGUAUUGAAACAGAAAAAUUCCCUGAUACCACAUGCACACGCCUUUCUCCUAGUCUGUUUAUAUGCUUACAGUUUUUUCUUGUUGUUUAAAUGAAAAAUGAUUUAUGGUUUAAAUCCCCAAAAGGUAAUGAGAUAAAGGAAAGAUGGCUAAGGAUAUGAAUAAACAUAACUUUGCAUUUUAUUAAAUUAUUCUAAUUCAAAAGGUGUAUAAAGAGCCCAUGAUGUUUUGUAAACUUCUAAUUAAAAGGUUCAAAAUGGAA